CACCACAGCUAAAACCGCCGCCGCCGCCCCAUGGAACGCCAAGCUGCAGGAGCUUUCCAGACAAGGUCAAUUCCAAGAAGGCUUGUCGCUUUACCGACGAAUGCUCCGAUCCAAUGCCUCCCCAAACGCCUUCACAUUCCCUUUCGCUCUCAAGUCCUGCGCCGCCCUCUCCCUCGAUCUCGCCGGCGAACUUCUCCAUUGUCACGUGGUUAAGUCCGGGUGUGAAUCCGAGCCGUUCGUACAGACGGCGUUGAUCUCCAUGUACUGCAGAUGCGGGCUGGUAGAGGACGCCUACAAGGUGUUCGACCAAAAUCCUCACUCAAGAAAACUCGCAGUGUGCUACAAUGCUUUGAUCUCUGGGUGCGUCAAGAACUCCGAUUUCAGGAAUGGGGUUUUCUUGUUUCGUGAAAUGAGAUCGGCCGGAGUGGCGAUCAGUGCUGUCACCAUGUUGGGUCUGGUUUCCGGCUGCAAUGCUCCCAUGUUUCUUGACAUCGGCAUGUCCUUCCAUAGCCUGAAUGUGAAAUGUGGUUUGGACACAUAUUUGGCCAUUGUAAACUGCAUCUUGACAAUGUACCUUAGGUGUGGGGCAAUUGAACUUGCAAGGAACCUCUUUGAUCACACCUCCAAAAAGGAUGUGAUCACUUGGAAUGCUAUGAUCACCGGGUACGCGCAAGACGGGCGCGCUCCGCAGGUCUUGAAACUAUAUGAAGAAAUGGAAACCUCGGGACCACGUCCCGAUCAAGUGACAUUCGUCGCGGUUUUAUCCGCGUGUGCUGAUCUCGGCGCUAAGAAAACUGGUUCCGAGGUAGAAAAGAGGAUCGAGUCCCGCGGGCCCGCGUUCUCCAAUACCUUCUUGAAGAACGGUUUGAUCAACAUGUACGCCAGGUGUGGUGACGUGGCGAGAGCCCGAGGCAUAUUCGACGACACGCCAGAGAAAAACCUGGUGACGUGGACUUGCAUGAUCGGCGGGUACGGAACGCACGGGCAGGGAGAGACCGCCGCGCGACUGUUCGACGAGAUGAUAAGCUCGGGCACUCGGCCCGACAAAACCGCCCUCGUCGCCGUAGUAUCCGCGUGCAGCCACGCGGGACUAACCGAACGCGGCUUGAGCUACUUCUCCAUGAUGAAAACGGAUUUCGGGCUGGAACCGGGCCCGGAGCACUAUUCUUGCGCCGUGGACCUACUAGGCCGCGCGGGCCGUCUGCAAGAGGCCUACCAACUCAUUCUCGGCAUGAAAGCAACCAAACCGGACGGCGCGGUCUGGGGGGCUCUCUUGGGCGCGUGCAGGAUCCACAAGGACGCCGAGCUAGCCGAGGUGGCAUUCGACAACGUCGUCCAAGUGGACCCCAUGAACACGGGGUACUACGUCCUGUUAUCUAACAUCUACAACGACGCAAAGGAUCCAGACGGCAUGCAAAGAGUGAGAGCGUUGGUGAGGGAGAGGCGGCUGAAGAAAGAUCCGGGGUUCAGUUACGUCGAGAUCUACGGGAAGAUUCAUCUCUUCGUGGCGGACGAUGAGAGCCAUUCUCACCUGAGAGAGAUACACAACGUGCUGGAUAGACUAGUCGAGGACGACGAAGAAGAAGAAGGAGAAGGAGAAGGCACGGCGAGGCGGCAUAGCGAGAGGCUGGCGGUUGGGUAUGCGGUCUUGAACACGGAAGCGGGGGAGGAGGUAAUGGUCAUAAAGAAUCUGAGGAUAUGCAGAGAGUGCCAUAAGUUCAUGAAGAAGGUGAGCAGAAAGUUGGAGGACAGGUUGUUUGUUGUGAGAGAUGCCACUCGGUUCCACCAUUUUAGGAAUGGGACUUGUUCUUGUCAUGAUUUUUGGUGAUUCAUUUAUGCAAGUUAUAUUUAAGCUAAGGACGAUUGUUUUCAUGUAAUGAGUUUCAGUUAUGUUUUAGUAUUAGAUGUGUAAAUUGUUCAUCCAGACUGAGAUACAUGGGCAUCUCCAUGAAAUCAACGUUUUUUUAAGUUAAAAGAAAAAAAUUAUGCGUUUGCUCUUGUGAAAUGAAUUUUUGAACAAACU